AUGCCUAUUGUUGUACGCUUCAACCAUGAGGAUAGAAUAACGCCAUAUAAUGGUGUUGUAGCAGUCACUGCCAAUUCUCGACUACUUUCAUCAGAGGAAAUAUCUAAAGAGCCCAACUAUGCAUGGAUCAGUGAGCAGUGCGAAGGCAUUGCUCGCCUUCUCCAAGUCACGGCACCAAUCAGGGUUGAUGUGAGACGCUUUAAGGAUAGCAGUGGAUCUCGAUUUGCGGCAUUCGACAUCAAUAUGAAACCGAAUAUGACUGGUCCUGGUCGACCAGACCGUCAGAAUCAGGCAAGCUUAACCGCAAUGGCUGCGACAGGUCUCGGGUGGGACUAUCCGAUACUUCUGACGAAAAUCCUGGACUCUGCGAAAACUUUGAAAGAACAACGCGAUAAAAGAGUCGUAAGAUGGACGAAUCGCGCCUCCAUCGUGUUCUGUUGGAACCAAGCACGGCACAAGGCUGAACAAGGCUGA